CACAUGUAUAAAGCUUGCUUCUCCCUCCUCACGACAGAACAAAGUUGGACAAGCCGCAUGAGCUAUUACAAGCAUAUCAAGAUGAAGUUCAUAUGUGUCAUCAUCCUUUUCCUGACUUACUAUAAGAGUUGUGAAUCCACUGGAAAAUAUCUGACACCAAAUGUGCUUCUUCUGCAAGUCACAGAAAAUAUGUCUGUGAACAUCAACCUGUACUGUGGAGAUCAUAAUGAUGAGGAUAUCAACUGGAAACUCAAUGGGUUUCCACUGAAAAAUCAUGGGAACCAAAUCCACAUUACUGUCAGGUAUCUUGAAGGAGGAAACUACAGCUGCCACAAUAAGGCUGGGGACGUCCUCAACCACACGUUAGUGCUUCAGGAGGGAGUGGGAUACCGAAAGAGUAUUCUGCGUCUGCAAGAUGACAGCUCAGAAUAUAUUUCAUGUAUAGCAAAAAACUUCGAUGGGAAGUUUCAAUGCACUUGGAACAACACCCAUAACCGGAGAGAUGCCGAAUUACUUCACUUCAAUGUUGCUCGUGUCUCAGGAGACUCUGGAAAUAUCAAUUGCUCUUUGGAUGGCAACACCCUGCACUGUGAGGAUGGGAAACACUGUCCAUUUGGUGAGGAGCCAUGCCAGCUCGGCCUCUCCUUCUACUUCAGAAGCAAGAACCGCUGUGAGGAAUACCAGCGUCGCUUCUUCAUAUUUGACAUAGUAAAGCCAGAUAAAGUCACUAUCAAUAAAGUGGGACAUCGUAAAUUUGAGUGGGUUCGCCCAGAGACAUGGAGCAACCCAGGUUCUUACUUCCAACUCCUCUAUGAAGUGAGGGUGUUUGAGAGGAAUGGGACUUGUGAUCAGAAAGAAACGUGCUCACAUAUCACCACAUCUAAUGACGAGGAAUUCACAGUGCCUACCAGGAGGAAGAAGUACAAGCUCUGUGUCCGAGUCAAAGAGGAGGCAUCGGACUCCAUAUGGAGUGACUGGAGCACCCAUCGUGAGCCACAUCCGCAAUAACACAGCAAUACAAAUCACAGCAUUCUGCGUCAGGAGGGAGAAGAUGAUGAUCACACUACUUUCUCUCCCAACACUGCCUUUUUGUUUUGCAAAUAUGAAUUUAUGUUAACUUAUUUAUUUAUUUGUAUAUCUAAAUAUUUCUGUAAUAUUUCAUCAAUAAAGCUAUAGCAAUCAUUUCAUCUCCAGUUUCAGUAGUUUCAGUCAGAGCGGUAGAUAAAACAGAGUGGCGACACUCCCAUAGACCUCCAUAGGAAAAAAUGGCAGCGCUUUUUCCAGGCUAUUUCCUCGUUAUGGGACUUUUGGAAUUGUUUACAGCCAAUCUCUUGGUCAGUAGUUAAUGAGUUAAUUGAUUACACCUUCCAGCAUCUAGAAGUACAUCCCAUCCUCCUGCAAUUCAGCCAUUUAACGCAGGUUUUUUGGAACUUUUGAUCGCGUGGCGGCGACAUCAAAGCGUGUCGCAACUCUCUCUCUCCCUCUAUGGCUCUGG